AUGAUGGAAAACAAGGAGAAAGAAAAAGUGGCAGAGGUCGAGGAUUUUUCCACUGGGGAUUCCUUCGAUGUGCAGUAUAUUGGCAGUAGUCGAGGCCGACGAAAGUUCAGUUCCUUGCAACUGAUUGGCUCGGCGUACACGGUCACCAAUUCCUGGCUGGGAGUAGCUGGCGCCUUCACAACAGGAGUCACAGCUGCAGGGUCGGCUAGUAUAAUCUACGGUCUACUGCUGAUGUUCAUGGUCAACUUGUUCGUUGGCAUUGCCCUUAGCGAGUUGAUCAGUGCGAUGCCACAUUCUGGCGGUCAAUACUAUUGGGUAAUGCGAUUAGCUCCGAAGCGAUACAAACGGGGUUUGUCUUACAUGACUGGAAUUUUCAAUCUCUUUGCCGCCUACUGUGUCACUGCAAGCUCUUCGAUCACCGUGAGUUCCUUGAUUGUUGGUAGUGCGAAGCUCGCAUACCCCGACCUUGCGGUGAAUGCAUGGCAAAUCUAUUUAGGAGCAGUCGGGUUGAAUAUAAUAGGGGCUAUUAUCAACCUCUGGCAGCAGGUUGUCUCGCGUAGCGUUUCAAUCGGCCUGUGGAUGAGCUUGCUUGCUUGCAUAUCUAUCACGAUUGCAUUGCCUACAGCUUCGCAGGAUCAUACUGGGCUGAAGUUUAUCUUUGCCUCGCUACAGAACAAUAGUGGCUGGUCGUCUAAUGCGAUGGCAUUCAUAGUUGGCUUGAUCAACCCCAACUUUGCCUUUGCUGCUCUUGACAGCGCUACUCACUUGGCUGAAGAGACUCCUGAUCCAGCACGGAACGUCCCAAAGGCGAUUAUAUUUACAGUGGUGAUCGGAUUUAUUACCAGUUUUCCUUUCACUUGCAUGUUGAUGUACACUCUCACGGAUCUUACCGCUGUCAUUAAUACACCAACCGGAGUGCCACUUGUAGAGCUUUUCCGCAUUGCCUUUCGAAGCGACUCCGCUGCUCUCGUGGCUAUUUCUAUCGUCACAGUGACCUAUUUCUUCUCACUGCCCCCCCAGCAAGCUUAUCAAGCUCGGCUUUGUUGGGCAUUCUCUCGUGACCGUGGACUUCCUUUCUCACGCCUCUGGUCACAAAUUCACCCCACUUCACAUGUACCACUCUAUGCGCAUCUGCUUUGUGUCUGUAUUGUGUGUCUACUUGGCCUGCUAUAUACUGUCUCUACAACCGCGUUUAACAGUCUCAUUACUGGUGUCAUCACAUUCCCUUACCUGACCUAUCUGGCACCUUGCAUCUUUUCCCUUCUACGCGGUGAUGAGCAACCGAGGGGACCGUUCAAUGUUGGGUGGCUUGGAAAUUUAUCUAAGAUAAUCACCGUGGCCUGCUGCCUGUUCGCGAUAAUCAUGUACUCGUUCCCGUAUCAGAUGCCGGUGUCUGUGUCCAAUAUGAACUAUAUCACAGUAAUCUACGGAGUCGCGCUCAUAUAUGGAACAGUGGAUUGGCUGUUUCGCGCUCGUUUCGAAUUUGCCUUUGAUGCCGGUGGUGUCGAUCAUACUCAGUGA